GUGCCUUGAUCACCUCAACGCUGCCAGUCCGAGGACAUGAUGCUACAAGAGCCGGCUGUGGUCGGUGGCGCACUAAGCCAGCGAUGUGCACCUUACGGACCCAGCACCGGAUCUGCAGGGCCAUCGAUGGCACUGCCCAGCAGCAUAUCUCCAUUUGCUUUCCGCCUGUAUCCCCUCUUGCACGCCCUUUCCAACCGCUUCGGCGACGACUUGGCGUUGAUUCAGCUGUGGACGCUGACCAACCGACAGGAUUGGUGUGCAAGCCUUAGUAAAACAAGAGGUGUUGUGGCACAAACGGACAUGAACCCAUUUGCUAUCCAAAAUCCCGCGCUGCAAAGCUUCCGGCAGAAGUGCUGUAAGCAAGGAAUAAAAGGCGCAGCGUUGGGGGUUUUAGGCAAGGCCUGGAGCACUGGUUCAGCCUGCGUUAUCCAGAGCGUCGAGACACUUCCGCACAAUAUCCACCCCCGCACGUACCUCGAAGGUGGCGAAGGGGUGGCGGAUGUGGUGUACAUUCCCAUCUAUGACCAGCUGGCCAGCGGGGCGGGCGGAGUGCAGGGGGUCCUAGAGGUCAUGGUGCACUGCAAUGCCCAAGACCCGAUGGUCGUUGCCAACGCCAUCACCUUUGUGGGCACGCUGCUCAGCCAGCUACAGAGCCCCAGCCAGCAGCAGCAAUUCCAGCAGCAGCAGCAGCAGCAGCAGCAGCAGCAGCAGCAGCAGCAGCGCGUGAUGGCUCCUGGGGCGCAGGCCGGCAGCGUGGCAUACCAGCCUAAGCAUGGCCGCUCAUCCUCCCCAACAUCUCCUCUGGAUGAGGUCCCGGCCAACUAUGCACCCUGGAUGUCGCGCACGACUUCGAUGCGCAAUGUUAGCAUGGCAGAUGUCUGCGGCAGCUGCUGA